GUUUCUCAGUAUCUGUGAGAACUUUAUAUAUAUAUUAGAACGUCACAGUUCAAAAGAGGACUCUGAUAACAAGUUCCAUUUAAAUGCGUCCGGAAGAUAAUUACCAAGUUUACAGCAUGCAGCUUUAAUGUAUCUACAGGGGAAAAUAAAGUGUGAGGAAUAUGAUAAACACUGUGCCAAUGUGACAAACCUCUUCGGAGACAUAGACAAUCCAAAACCAAACAUCAUCAUCGCCCACCUGCUGCCAGACACCUUGUACACCUUCACCGUGUUUGCAGUCAAUGGCGCUGCACAGAACAACGGAGCAGGUGAAGCAGCCAGCACCAAUACAACCACAAACAUUACUGUUCCAUCAAACCUGAAAUCCUUCUCAGCGACAACGAUAACAAAGGACUCCAUCAACCUCACCUGGACUCCGCCAGAACCUCGUCCUGGACCCACAACCUACACCUUGGUAGUCACAGACCUCGGUUCUCGGUACUACCCACACAGUAAGACGGACUGGACUAAUGUCACACAUAUCCCAGUUCCAGGUGUUGUUCAAAACCUGAAUGUAACACCUGGUCAGGUGGCCUACAAACAACUGACCGCGAGCUGGCGAUGUCCCGAUGUCACAGAUCGUCACACUCUCAUCAGAGGCUUCCUUAUUAACACAACACUGGAGGGAUGGAGUGAGGUUGACGUCACUGGGCUCAAAGAAAAAGAAUCCCUAAUAUCUUACACCAUUGUCGACAGUCAGACUAAAAGCUGCGGUAUAGGUCUUUGUUUUUUGAAUUUAACGGACAACUGCGAUGGUAACGAAACUGUGACGAUAGUGGUGAGGCCUGAAAGCCGGCAUCUCAUUCAGGUGCUGACUGUGGGUGAGAACUUCAACAGCACAGACUGGGUGAGCGCAAAGUAUGAUGCACCUGCUGGACGGUCAGGGAAAGUACAACAUUUGAAUGUUAACUACUUGAACGAGUCUGAUGUGAGCGUGGAGUGGGGCUACCCAACGGAAACAAACGGAUUGUUACUCGGGUACGGGCUGCUGGUGUAUCAAGACCAAGUGUGUGUGCGAAGUAUCUGGUCGCCACAAUCUGGAAAAGGAUACUUUAAGGAGAAAUGCGCAGAGGGAGUGUACAAACCUAAUAAAACCUGUAAGGAAACAGAGACAAGAACCCCAGAGCCACAAAAAGAAGACAGGACAGAAGUAGCGAUCUCUGGCCUCAAACCGUAUACGUCUUACAACAUCACCGUGUUCGCCGUCAACUGCGCCAAAGACAACAACGGUGAAGGAGAACCGGAUAACAUCAACUUCGUCACCAAUAUGUCGGGUACAAGAGCUUUCAUUGUAUUUCACUUAAAUACACUUCCUGCUAUUUCUUUCAAACACUGUGUUUACGCAGGCCAGCACACAUCCAUCGACAUGUUUAUACGCACGCACAGACACAAGCUUUUGACACGCAUAUAAAAUCUAAUUAAUUUUUAUAAUACUCAAAAUAGUCUUUAAGGCU